CACUGAAUCAUAAUCUCCCAACCCUUAAAUUCAGCUCUCACUCCACUUUCCUCUAUUUCUCUCUUCGCCUCCAGCCGGAACUCCUAAGCUCGCCUCUUCAUCUCCACAUACGUCGUCGUUUUGCUGGACCAGCCUCCCAUACGGCCAUACCAGAGCUCUAUCGAUUUUUUUGUUGGGAAUUGUUGUCAAUGUUGCACUGCGUCGAUCUCCCCGAAGAUGUUCUAGUGAAGAUUCUGUGCCGGUUGCCGGUCAAAUAUUUGAUCCGCUUCACCUGUGUGUCGAAACGGUGGCGUUCUGUUAUCACUUCUGACCCUCAGUUUGCCAAAUCCCACCUCCAGCUAGCAUUACAGCAGGGAACCCUCCGUCAUAGAGUCCUCACCUCUGCCUAUUAUUUCUACUUUGAGUUAGCCACACCCUACCAUGAUGUACCCACUCGAUUUCACUCAUUUGAAGAUAAUUCUUCAGUCAGAACUCUAACGUACCCAACAGAGGAGAAUAAUUAUCCUCAUAUACUUGUUUCCUGCAAUGGUUUGGUUCUUCUAGCUGAACCCACUACCAGUCAAUUUAACUUGUAUAUCUGGAACCCAACAACCAGAUUUUCCCGCAAAAUACCUCAUCUACCAGAAAGCGACCUAUUCUCUAUAAGUCUUGGUCAUGUUUCAGCCACAGAUGACUACAAAGUUGUCCUAAUACCGCUUUCUGGUAGUUCUGGUCAUGUUUACUCACUCAGAGAAAAGAUUUGGAAAGUUGUUGAAGUUCCUCCUUCACACAGCUGGCGUAGCCGUGUGGGGACUUAUUCAAAUGGAGCAAUUCAUUGGGUCAACUACCGCAUGCCAGAGAAUUCUGAGAGAGUUAUCUAUGCUUUUGAUUUGGCGAAGGAGGAGUUCGGAAAAGUAGCAUUGCCUGAUUCAUUCCAAAAUGGAUAUGAUAUGAAUGGGAGAACGAUAAGAACUCAGGUUCAUUUAGGAGGAUGCCUUUGUGUAUCUUUUAAUGCCGAUCAUGGGCUUAUUGAAUUCCCUAUUGAAUUCUGGGUCAUGACAGAGUAUGGUGUGCCUGAAUCUUGGGUUAAACUCUUUCAGUUUGAGGUAAGGGAUUUACGAAAAGUCUCUGCACACUCAGACUAUGGUUGUAGUCCUAUUUUUGUGACAGAAGGCGGCACAGUUUUGAUGAAAUUUGCUGGCAAGAUGGAGUUUUUUAAGAUCGAACGCUCCAAGGAAGGGAAGCUGGUCUGCAGCUGUCGAUAUAGGCUUGAGGAGGAGGUGCAUGGGUGCAUGUAUGUGGCUCAAGCGACUGUAUAUGAUGAAACUCUAGUUUCGAUACCCGAAUGAUGAUGGUGAAUCAUGGGGAACGAGGACUCGUGUGAUGAAACUCUAGAGGCAGAACAGAGAUGAAGAGGGAGUGCUAUCUGUAUACAAUGCUGUUUUAUGGUUUAACAACCAUAGUUUGAAUCAUUCCUUCUAUUUUGUUUCUCUCGUUGUUUUCGGUAUGUUUAUUUGUAAUUGAGUAGCCAAAAGUAUGAAGUAUGGAGCCCUGUUAUUACUAGAUAAAAGAUGAUGAUUGUUUAUGGUUGCUCUAAA